AUGUAUAAAAAAUGGCAGAACAGAGAUUUUGGUACUUGCCCACGUUUUUACUGCGAAAAACAACCGACACUUCCCAUAGUUCCUGGGCAAUGUAUAAUCUCCUGCAAAUCAGGCUUGACGGAUAAGCUAAGUAAGCGACCGGUGAUGCUUUAUUGCCCACGCUGCGCCGAUGUGUUUUACCCAAAAUCGUCGGAACUUGAUCGCAUCGAUGGUGCUUAUUUUGGUACUGGCUUUCCGCACAUGUUCUUUUUAACUUUUCCAAUGCUGCGACCAAGACCACCUACGAAAGAAUAUGUUCCGCGGUAUGGUUUUUUAUUUUUAUAA